AUGAAGUUAAGCUUGUUCAAUACAGUUCUCUUCAGCCUUACAGUCGGCUCGCACGGCUGGGAGCAUAAAGCCCAUGAGUUCCAGCCACCACUACCAGGAGACAGUCGGUCUCCAUGCCCUGGUCUGAAUGCCCUGGCCAACCACGGCUGGCUCCAUCGCUCAGGGAAAGACAUCGAUCUACCUACGUUCCGAUCCGCCAUAGCUGGCGCCUAUAACUACGAACCCACAACUAUGGACGGGAUUUUCGAGCUGGCUAUGAACUUCAACCUCUCAACCACGGGGAACCAAUCGACCUUCAACCUCUUUGAUUUGGCAAGACACGACAAGAUCGAGUUCGACGGGUCACUGUCGCGCAAUGACAUCUACUUUGGCGACAAUGUGCACUUCGAUCCUAACAUCUGGGCGACGGUCGCUAAGAACCUCAACCUUGAUGACACUCUCGGUUCUGAGGUGAACCAAUAUAUCACCGUCGAGACGGCCGGUAAGGCUUGUGCGGCACGCGCAGCCCAGGCCAACAGGGUUAAUCCCAGCUUCAAUGCCUCCGCUAUGCAAGUUAUGGGCAACCCUGGUACAAAGGCUCUUUAUUUAGUGACUUUAUGGGAUGAGGCCGCAGGUGCCGCGCCAAAGUCUUGGGUUAAGGCUCCAUUUGGUAUGUUCCGCAAUCCUUGCUUGCUAUAUUAG